AUGUCCCCGCGCCGCUCGUCGAGGGCUCGUACUACACAGCCUCUAUCCAACGCCCAGACAGCACAUAGCGUUUCCUCCUCCUCCGUCUCAUCAGCACGCACAGAUCGUGCAACACGAAUCGACCGCAAGCAGACACCACCGCACAAGUCAUCAACCCCACACUCGCUCUCCUCCGAGGAGCCAGAAGAUCUCGCGCACAUGGACCGACCCUUGACACGGCGUCGAACGCGCGAACAGGACGUCGACGAUGACGAACUCACCAACCUCGACGGUGAUCUCGACGACGAGAUGGUCGAGGAAGACGAGGUGACGCGUUGCGUGUGUGGCUACCAGGAAUACCCGGGCCCGCCCUCAGAUGCGGCAAAGUCGUUGGAAGGCGAUGACCUUAGCGGCCUGUUCAUUCAAUGCGAUAUCUGCAAAGUCUGGCAACACGGCGGUUGCGUCGGCAUCAUGGACGAAGCCGCCAGUCCUGACGAGUACUUUUGCGAGGAGUGCCGCAAGGACCUGCACAAGGUAUCCAUGAGUCCCAAAGGUCAAAAGUACUCUCGUUACCUCCCCGUGUACGACCAGCAGCACGGCAAGAAAGCCCGCAAGUCGUCCGUCUCCAAGGAGGCACUGUCACCGUCAAGUCGACACAACGAUCGCAACGCGAGAGCUAGUGUCGAUUCGCUUGGCAAACGCCGAUCUACAAUGAACAGCAGGGCCGCUUACGACGAAGACGAAGUUCUGCGCAAGGUGCUGGAGGAGAGCAAGCAUGAAGGCGGUGCGCCGGCCUCAGAGAACGGCAAUCGCAAGAAGCGAAGUCGCGAUGAUAGUGAAGAGACCAAACCAGAGGUCAAACGACAGCGUACAAGCUCACGAUCCCCAAGCAAUUCACCCGUUAUCGAGUCAGAGGACGACAGUACAAAAGCUUCAGCACCGAAGCAGAAACCACGCGGUGCAGCUGCAAGAAGUCAACGAGAAAAAGAACAGCGCGAGAAAGAGCGCGAGCAGGAACGCACCGACGCAGCCAACAGACGAAAAGGGCGCGCUGAACGUAGAAAGGCAGACGCAGAGUCCGAGGCCCCAGAAGUCACCCCGACCCCCACUGAGGAACCAGUUGCAUCUCCACCUGUCUCUGCAUCCGCGCCACCUGAGGUACUAAUGGAGGCUUUAAAGCCCACACUCUUUCCACGACGAGGCGGCCGGCCACCACAAAAGUCGCGGGGUCGUCUCGGCCGCAACCAGUACUCGCGAGACGCACUGUUAGCGGCGAACGGCGCGUCUCCUGCAGACGAGCUUGGGAACUCUCCACAACCGAAUGGUACAAAUGGCAACAGCAACGGGCACGAGAGUAGCGAUGGAGCUACUGGCCUCAAUAAGACUGCCAAGUCAAAGAACUCGCGUCUGCACAAGCUGUCGUGGAAUGACAUCAUGCGACCAGCGGGUGCUAUGCAAAGUUACAUAGCUCAGCGCCAGGUGGAGAUGGCUGGUGAGAAGACGAGUCCAGCACCUGCUGUCCAGCCACCAACGAACGGGAAGCAACACCAGGCAGAAACGAAGACAGAAGACGCUGAGCUGUCUUCAUUCAAGGACCUCAGCACAACGCAGAUGAUGGAUCAUCUCAGUCGCGACUUGGUACACUGGCAGAAGAUGAUCACCGAACAGAAGGAGAAGUAG